UCCCUGUUGUCUCCACACUGCUGGAAGCUCAUAUAUUUUGAAAAGUAAACAUACUGAAAAAUUUGAAAACUCCAAUUAAGAUGCAUACUUUGACCCCCAUUGAAAGUUUUACUAAAGCAAAUCUGGUUAUGUACUUUACUAAAGGACUCAAGAGUACAGCUACACCUGAAAGCUGGACCUGCAGCCUUGUGGCCCCAGUACCUUAACCGUGACAUUGACCACUUGCAGGGCCGAGUGAGUCUGAAGAAUGCAUACGGCUCAGGCGGGCAACCCGGAUCCCAUCGCCCACUUUAAAAAUGACACAUCCCAGCACACCCGCUCCUCCUCCGAUGUGACAGGGGCUGUACCAGCAAAGAGAGUCACCUUCUUCAAGAGCGGGGACGACCAGUUUGGCGGUGUCAGGAUGGCCAUCCACAAGCGCAGCUUCAAAUCUUUCGACGCUCUGCUGGAUGACCUUUCCCAGAGGGUACCGCUUCCUUUUGGGGUGCGCACCAUUACCACACCUCGGGGCAUCCACAGCAUUAGCCACCUGGAGCAGCUGGAGGACGGAGGAUGCUACCUCUGUUCGGAUCGUCGCCAUGUGAAGCCCAUCAACAUUGAGGCGGCCGGGAAGAGGCCUACUGUUUGGCACCACCGUCACUUGCACAACAUCCGCAGAAAGCCUUCGCGGCCGGAGGAAGCACCCACCGCCCACUCGAGUCACCGUUACCCUCGACACCCUAAGCGGAUUGUGUUGGUCAAGAACAACGAUCCUGCAGUGCGGAGGUCUAUUAUUCUGAGUAGAAGGACUGCCCGCAGCCUCAGGGUCUUCAUGGAGGAGGUCUCAGAGCUCAUGCAGUGCCACAUAAGAAAGCUGUACACAUUAGAGGGCCGCAAGAUUGACAGCAUCCAGAGCCUCAUGCAGUGCCCCAAUGUACUGGUGUGUGUGGGCCGUGAACCCUUCCGUCCGCUCCAGGUAGAGAGCAUGAGGAAUGGCUCAGAUGAAAAGCUCCCAGGACUGACUUCCAGGUCUAGGUCCUCUGUCUGCAGUGAGAGCCAUGACAGCAAGAAAAAUGUCAAUUUCGGACUUGAAACAAAGAAAAGCAUCAUCCACCCAAGAUCGGAUUCCAGCAAUAGGUCAACUCGAUUUUCCCUGUCAUCAGAGAAAUCAUAUGCCAAUGGACUGAAUGUGACUCCAGGCAACACUGGCUGUUUUGGAACCUGUCCACAUGCAAAGGAAAAUCUGAUGAAUGACGACAUUGAAAAAAGAGUGCUUGUUAACAAAGAUGGGAGCCUUUCUGUAGAGAUGAAAGUUCGUUUCCGUCUCCUUAACGAUGAGACACUUCAGUGGUCCACUGAGAUUAGAAAGUCUAUUGGAACUGUCAAUGACAGCUCUUUGGGGAAGGAAGACACCCGUUAUCUGCAGCAUGUUAAAUCUGAAAGUGUUUCAGACCCAGAAUUCAAUGCUCCGUGUGACACUGAUGCGGCCUUUAAAAAUAAACAGCAACCCAGACAUUUCGAAGAAACACAUUGUCAUUGCUGCUGUAACCACUGCCAUGAGUAUGAUAUCUGGAAAAACCCAUUGCAUGGGGACUCGGGACCAGUGAGAAAUAUUAAUUCAUCCAGUUCAAGUGCAUCGUCUCAAAAAAUUGUAUGCAAAAAGGCUUCUGUAGACAGCAUGCAUACCAUGUCUCAGUCAAGUGAGGAAUACACGGAGCGUGUGGUCCAAAAAGCAACUUGCUAUCAACAGACUGUUGAGGGUGGAGAUACAAGAGUGGAAUACUGUACUAUUAGCCGUUGCUGCAGCCGCGGUGAGAUCUGUGCAUCGUCUGCAAAAUGUGGGAGCAGAGCAUCGACUGAAGAAAAAUGUGAAAGCCCAGAAAAUGUUGAAACCAGGUCUAACAGUGUUGCUUCUCUUGCCUCUAGGUGCUCACAGAAAGAUCAGGUUAGUGUUAAAAUAACACAGGUCUCAGAGGAGAGACCUGUAUCUGCAAUUAGCAACUCCUCCAAGGUCUUGGAGGCACUCAGGGAGGAUGAUGAUGAUGAUGAUGAUGACCUUCCACCAAGUGUAUCAAGAGCAUCUUUGUGGUCUCAGAGUGACAACCCUGAAGACUGUGAGUGUGCCAGAAGUGUUGCAUCAUGCUGUUCUGCUACUACACAUAAAUCAGUCUCUUCUAUAAACCAUUUAUGUCCCAGACCCCCAAGUAAGACCUCUGUACACGCCACUCUUUCAGCAAAAUUAAAACAUAAAAGCAAGUCUUCAUCUCCCACACCAGAGGUUCUUGCAGAUCAGGAUGAAGGCUUAGGAACAAAAAACAGUGAAAGGGCGGACAGUGCUGCAUCUGCUGUUUCCAAUGAUUCCUCAAGAUCCAGAAAUUAUUACAAGCCUCAGGAUGGAGUAUUAGAUACUGUUUCAGUUGUCUCAGGAAAUUUGAAAGAGGGAGCUGAGGAGAAUGGUUCAAGAGCAGCCAGCACCUUGUCACAGUCUAGCAAAGCAUCAAGAUUAUCUAAUCAGUUUCCUAAUACUGAAUCCUUAACAGCUAAACCAGGAUCAGUGAAUUCACAUUUGCCUCCUGGUCAAGAUACAGGUGGAACAAAUAUACAAGAUGUAGAGGACAGAGUUAAUAGCACAAUGUUUACAGCUACAGAAAACUCAGGAAGUCCAGGGAAGUCAAAUGUAUGCCCACGUUGUGGUGGGUCAGAUAGAGCAACCAGACUUAGGUCAAGAGAAUCUCAGAAUCCCAGUGAUCUGCCUGAGGCAGGCUCAAGAUCAAUUGUGAAAUCUGACAAAUCUAACUGUAGCACACCCAAGCUACAGUUAGAAGAAGAAGAAGCAGACGAAAUGGAAGAUAGUUUAAUGUCUGCAUCUCCAGUUUCAGUCAAAUCUGAGAAUAUCAAUGGACAAGAUGAUGGUGACGUAGCUGAAGAGAGAAAAGAAAUUGCUUCAUCAGGUAUAACAAACACUUCUACACCAUCUGAGGAGUCUUAUACAUCAGAAAAUGUUAAUGAAGCAAAUGAGAAACCAGAAAAGAGAUCAGCUAGUGCAUUAUCAGCGAAGAGUAAUGCUUCUACACAAUCUAAAAAAUCCAGAAAAUCUGAAAACAAACAUAGUGAAAAUGAACAGGAAGUAGUAGAGACAGAACAAAGAACGCCCAGUGCGAUGUCAUCUAAAACAAAUGUUUCUACAAAAUCAAGAAAAUCCAAUUGUAAUGCAUCUGUGAGAGGUAUAAGUCCAAAGUCAGAUAAGUCUGAUGGCCUUACUGAUAAAAAAGUGAAUGGAGAAGAUGAAGACAUAGAAAAAAGAGCAUCCAGUGCCAUGUCUGCAAGAACAAAUACUUCAUCAAAAUCACAAAUGUCCAAAAAAUGCAAUGUAUCAGAAAAGACAAAUUCCCCUGUUUCUGUUGCCUCAGAUAAUGUUUGUGAAGAGGAAACAGAGGCAAUACGAGAAGAAAUGGCAGAAAGGGCGCUUAGUGCAACGUCAGCGAAAACGAGUGCUUCUGCCAAGUCCAGGACAUCAAAAAAAUCUAAUUGCAGUUCAUCAGAAAAAGCAGUGAACACAAGGGUAACAGAGGAGAGGGUAAACAGUGCAAUGUCCCAAAGCAGUAUUACUUCUGAAAGAUCAAGAUCAUCCAACAAGCCAGAAUGUACUGCAAUACCAGGUUCAAGUGUUUUAGAAGUUCCUACUAGUCCGGAAAAUGCAGCAACUGUAGAUGAUGGUGAAGAGAGAGCACCAAGUAAUCUGUCUGUCAGCACAAAAACGUCUCGGAAGUCAAAGUUAUCAAAGGACAACGUCUACGGCACCUCAGACAGAGCCUCAACUCCAGGAACACCAUUACCACCAAAGAUAUGUGGUGGUGAUGAUCACACUGAGACAGAAGAGAGUGAGGGUAGGGUCAGCAGUUCUUUAUCUGGUAAUUCCAAAGUUUCUAGGAGGUCCAGAAAGUCUCAUAAAUGCAUAAACCAAGCUGUUGAACGAGCGACAAGUCCAGCAUCGGAUAGAUCCACUCAAUCUUUAAAAACAAGAAGAAAUGCUGGAGUUGAUUGUUCUCCUUCUGACAGACCUCCAACUCUGGCAUCAGCAACAAAUGGUGCCGAUGAAAGAAUUGCACAUGCCGCAUCACAAUCCACCAAGUCCAAGAGUGUCCGUAGCAACAAGUCUGUGCUGACUACACCAAAUUCACUAACACCAGAGCCUGCAGAUGGAAAAGAGAUGGAACAAUGUGCAGAGGACACUGAAGAAAGUCCAAAGAGCAUACUACCUCUCAGAAGCAAAACUUCAGAGAAGUGCAAAAAUAGUGACCGGUACUCUUCUAAGCAAGUAAUUAGUCCUUCUUUAAAUGCUUCAGAGGCAAUAUUUGACAAUGAGGCUGAGGUAGCAAGUGUGAAAUCUAGUUGCACUAAAAGAUCAAAAAAAAACAAGAAUUGCAGUGAGUCCUCCUCUAGGGGUUUGCAAUCCACCAGCACAGGUUUCAGUGAUUCAGAAGAACAAUGUAUCAGUAAAUCUGACACUGUAAUCAAAAAGGUAAAGGCUUUAGAAAGUGACAAUAAGAAACCUUCUAGCAACCAUUCCAAAAGUCCUUCGCAGUACAGUAAAAGUAAAACCACUGCUGGGGAUGCCAUUUCAUUUUCUACUUCAAGGCCAGUAUCAAGUGCCUCAGCGCGGUCUACACUUGGCAGAUCAAAAGCCAGAGAUAACACAGACACUGACAUGGAAGGCAGACCAAAAAGUAAUGCAUCUAGAGUUUCAUCAUCUCUGCAAGUUAAAGGAGACAAGAUAAACUCUGAAAGUGAAGAUGAUCAUGAGGGCGCUGUAAACACAUCUAUGAAGGCAUCUAAAAAAGGUGCAGAAAUGAAAGAACAAAGGCCAAAUUCAGAUGCUACAUCUGAUUUUUCACAGAAUGUUCUUAAUCCCAGCCCCCCGAAAGAGAUGCCUAAAAAAAAUAAACGGCCUGUAGUACAUCUUGGUAAUUCACAUGAUAGUGAUCUGUCUCACUCACUCUCUGCAGCUGACCUUCUGAGGGAAAGGCUUAACAAAGUUAAACCAGAAACGGGAGAAUACAAACGAAAUAUCUCUAGCCAAACACGUAAUGUUGUCCUUGACACCCAUAAAGCUGUAAGUGACGAGAAGAGUGACUCUGGUACCAAAUGUAGACAUAGAAAAAGUAGCAGUUCAUCUUGGCAUAGAAGAGAAGAUGAAGAAAUGUUAGAGAUUGUGCCUUCUAGCUUACCAAAUACAUCUCCAACAGAGGUUGUGCAUGAAUGGCUGAAAAAAAUUCCAGCAGAUAGUCCCAUGUAUGAAAUGGGAGAAGAUUUAGAUGAGCAUCCUGAUGGACCAGAAAUACAAAAGGAUGUUUCUGAAAAAGUUGAGGAACCCUUCCAAGAAGAGUCAGUGAAAUUAGUUGAUGGGGUGGUUGAACCAGACACAGUCAAUGAAGAGGAAAAUGAAGACAAAGAGGGACAAAACGAGAAGUCCUGCUUUGAGCAACCUGCUGAGACAAAACAACCAACCCCUGAAAAAACAACUAAAUGUCCCAGCAGAGAUGCCUUACCAAGAAGCUGUCAGUCUUCAGUGCAGGUUAUGAAGGUUCUGUUAAGUCCAAAAUUUGACAGAUGCAACAGUCUACCUGAAGUAUCCCCUGUAUAUGGAAGAAAACUCAGUACUUCAGCAAAAGGACUUCUAGAUUGCCUUGCAAACCUCCAGCUGAUAGAUUCAGAUCCUUCCAGUGUCACAGCAAGAGAUGCCAGAUAUAAUGAGUUAAUGAACAUUCUACAGUCACUGUGGCUAUGUGACCCAUCUGAAAGUAGCCAGAGUAAUAAAUUUAAGACUCAUCGAUCAGUAGAGGAUCCCAAGUCCUCCUCUGGUGUCGAUGUAAGCAGUGGUUCUGCAGGCUCUGGAAAGAGCAGUGACAAUGGUGGUGUGGAUCAGACAAAGAAAAUAAAACUGGUGCAAACCACAGUUACUCCACUUGCAGACCAGGAUGUACAACAUCUAUUCCAGAAUGAAACUGAACAGAAUGGGGAUAAAGAAAAUUGCUCUUCUUCUUCACCCAAAUUAAUUUUGAAUGGAGAAGAACAUCCUGUAUUAUCUGAAACAGCAACUCCAGACAUAGCCAGUCGAGUGCAAGGCAGUCCUUUGAGUGAGGAAAUAGGGAAUGAAGAAGAAAAACAAAAGGGAGAAGAAGGCCCCGAUUCAAAUGAAACGGUCAGGAGUGAUGGAAGUCUAAAGGAAAUGACUGAAACACCAUCUUCAUCAAACAAGAGUUCCGGGAAUGGAAGUAAUACUUUAAAAUCUCCAGAUGAAACAGAAACUGAUUUACAGGAGGAUGCCAGUUCCAGAACCCAUCAAACUGAAGAAAAGAUCAAGUUGACUAGAAAGACUUCACAAGAUCCAGAUCCUGUAUGGGUGCUGAACUUACUGAAAAAACUUGAGAAGCAAUUUAUGACACAUUAUGUAAAUGCAAUGACAGAAUUUAAGAUGCGGUGGGAUUUGGAUGACAGUGAGAUGCUGGACACGAUGAUAAAUGAACUAAGAGAUGAAGUUCGCAAAAGGAUACAAUCAAGUAUUAACAGAGAACUGCAAAAAAUCCGGAGUCGAGCGGGAAAAGAACCAAGACCACCCAUAAAGGCCUUGUCAAGGGAGUCUACUGUGCAAACUGAGCAGCGACGUCGACGACUGAAAGUUAUGCGCAACAAAUCAAUAAAAGAAUCCCUGCAGAGAAGUGAUGAAAAUUAUACCGCCACUGGCACUGAUUUCAGUGACCAACGCAGUGAAGAUGAAUACUGCCCAUGUGACGCCUGCAUGAAAAAGAAAAUGGCAUCCCGACUUGUGGAACGCAAGACACUUGUAACCGCUGCUCCUGUAAUGACGGAUUUUGAUCUCAGGAAAAUUCUCCAAAUGAAAAAGGAUCCUGCUACAACUGCCAAAACAGAGACAACAACGGAAGUGGAACAUACUACAGCUGAAGUAGAAGGAGACCAAGACAAAAAUGAAUAUUUCAAAGUCCUUGAGGAGGAAGCACAGGAUGAGGGAAAUGUAGAAGAAAAGGGCAAUCCAGUGGCACCUAAAGAGGAGAGCUUUGAGGCAGAAGAACAAGCUGACAGGGAGGAGGAUGAUGACCAAAACCCUGAAUCUGAGAAAGCUGAAGUGGAUUAUGCUCUUGAUGCAGUAGUGGAAGAUGUUUCUACAGAACAGCUGGAAGGAAGUCAAGAAUGUUUUUCUGAAAAAGUGGAAGAUACAGCAGGAGAGGAUGUUGAGGAAACUGCUGGACCGGUCAAGGAAAGUGAGGCACUUGAUGUAGUUGAAGAGGGUGAAAGCGGUACUGAAAAUGAAGUCGGUAGCAGUGAAGAAAUACCUGAGGAAAAUGCACGAGAUACUGAAGCAGUUAGAGAAGAUGAUGCUGAAGGAAUAGAGGAAAUUGAAGCUAUUCAAGAAAAUGAUGAGGGUAAUGGAGCAGAAAUUAAUGAUGCUCUUGUGGAUAAUGAUGCACCUGAAGAAGUGACGGAAGAAAAUGCAGAUAAUGACAAUGACCAAAGUGAUAAAGAUGAACUUGCAGAAGUUACUGAAGCAGCAUGUGAAAGUGAACGUGAUCAAACUGCAGAUGAUGAUGCAGUUGAAGAAGGCAGUGUAACAGAGGACCUGGAAACAACUGAAGAAGCUGAAGGAGACAAAGAUAAUGCAGAUGGAAAGGAAAAAGCUGAAGAAAGUGAUUCUGCUAGACAAGAUGAAAAAUUGGGUGAUGAAAUUCCUGAAGAGGUCUCGUCAGAAGCUUGUGAGACAACUGGAGAUGCAGAAUCUGAAGAUGGUGCAAAAUCUUUAGAGGGCUCAAAUGUUGAGGAAGAAGCAGAAAAGGAAAAUGGAAAACCACAUGAAGAAAAGACAACCUUUAAUCCUUCUUGCAAACUUAGCCAAGAGGAGCAAGAGGAUGGUUCAGAUAAAGCAGAAGGAGAAGGUGAGCAAGAUGAUGUCGAGGAAAUUGCUGCAGUCACAGAGAAUGACACAGAUACUGCAGUAGAAGAAGAUGCAAACAAUGGAGGGCUGGAUGAGAACACUGACACUGGUAAAGAACAGGAAACAGAGAAUUCUGAUAAAGAUGCAAAAGAGGAUGCAGCUGAGACAAAUGUUGAAGACUCAGGUGCCAGUGGCGUUGAGAAACAGCAUGAGAGUGAUGUAAGUGGAGACAGUAUAGAAGUAACAGAAGUGGACAAACAAGAUGUGGUCAAACCUAUGAGUACUGCUGGCUCAACAGAGGAUAAAUCAGAGAUAUGUGGUGUUGAAGCAUUGACAACUGAGAAAGAUCAGAUAGGUUCUGAUGAACUGGAAGACCUAGAAGAUGAGGAAUGGAGAACUAAACCGAUUAAGCAGAUAACCAAGUCCUCUAUUGAGUCACAGCCAGGAUCAAUGGAGACUGCACUGGACCAAGAGAAAAAGCUCAAAGACACAGAAAGUCCACAUGAAGGUUCAUUUUCACCAACGCAAGAAGAAGAAACAGAUAGCCUAAGCCUUCCUCCAAAGGCUAGCAAGCACAACAUUCUAUCAACAAGCGGGACUGCAGAGAAACCAGCAAUCAUUUCAAAGAAAAAACCAUCAGCAAAAAUCAUAAAAUCAAGAAGGCAUAAGGACAGUGGCUUAAAAUGAGG